AUGUCCCCAAAGGGCCGCGGUGGCCGAAGGAGUAUAUGCCUCAAUGGAAUACAGCUGAGAGGGACACCCAGAAAUGAAGUAGUCUUGAUUUCUGUAGCAACUGCUCAAUUUUCUCAUUCAUCCUCAUCUCCAGCCAAAAAUAGUAACACGAGUGCAACAUUCAAUAUUUUUGGGUCUCCAAAGGCAUCACGUGAAAAUUUUGAUCCUGUACUUAAUUCCGACUGUUCCAAUUCGUCCUGGGCAGAAAUGAGUAGCUACAUAGUAGGAACAUAUCAGAUGUUUCCCAUGACAAGGGAUACACAGCAAAUAUUUAUCCUUAAAUAUUUAAGACCUAUAGGGGAAUAUCAAGAGUCUUUAGGCCACGUUUAUGAACACAAUGCAUUAGAAUUAAUCUUUCACUACAUCAACGUCAGACGAACCUGUAAUGCACGCCUCUCUUUUGAGGCCUUACGGUUUCUUGGUUCCCUUCUCUUUCAUAAGAAGUUCUGCUUAGAAUUUGUGAAUAUGGGUGGCAUGCAGAAACUUCUUCAGGUUCCCCGUCCAUCUUUGCCAGCAGAUGGUGUUGCCCUCUGCCUGUGGUAUUUAGCUUACUGUGAGGAGGCCGUAGAAAGAAUAUGCCUUUUGCCUGAUCAUGUAUUAGGUGAAUUGAUUCGCUAUUCACUGUGGCUUUUAGAGUGCUCGCAUCAGUCAUCCAGAACUCAUGCUGUGAUGUUCUUUGGAAUGGUCUUCCGAUUUAAGGCAAUAUUAGAAAAGUUUGAUGAGCAGGAUGGCCUCCGCAAGGUUUUGAAUAUGCUCUCCACACUGUCGUUAUUCCAAGAUGUGUGGGAGCAAGACAUAUUAGAUGAACCUAAUGAGGUGAUGAUGUGGCAAACAGUGAAGCAAGUGUGUCUGAGUGUUAAGCACUAUUUUGAGGCUCAUUUAGCACUCAAAGUUCAGCACCUGCACAGGAUGACUGUCAGAGAACAUGGAACAGCACCUCAGCAUGCCACUCCAGCUUACAAGGCUGUAAAUGUGACACCAGAAAUGAUUGAGAGGAAUGUAGAACAUCUACUGGAAUACCUUCCAUACCGAGCCCGCUGGAAACCUGUGGAGCAAUUUGUUUCAUUGAAGGGCCUGCAACUCUUUUUACAGCUAGUUGCAAUGGUUUUAAACGAAUCAUACAGUCCCAACCGAACUGAGACUGCAGUGUUUGCCCUUGACACACUCUAUGUGUGCAGUGUGAUGCCAACUAUCCAGGCAGCGCUGUGUGACAAACUGACCAUACCUGCUGGUGAUGACCUUUUACAGACACUUGACCCACAGGAAGUGCCAGGUUAUGCCAUCCUAGUUGCUUGCAUCCACGAGAAUGCACAGUCAAUGACUACAUCACCAGAGGUGCAGAAAGCUGCUUUGAAUGUUCUGAUAAACUGCCUUUGUGCACCCAUUCACAGGCCUGGAAGCAAUUUAGUAAGAUAUGGCACUACCUCUACUCCUGGAGGUAGUAAAAAGAAAGCUGCCUUUGGCGAGGAUGUCAUUAAUAAGUCCUGGGAUUGUGUAAGAACCAGCAAUGGAAUCAUGUACUUGUUAAAUGUUUUGCAUAAGAAUCCAAUCACAGUAUGUGUGGAUGAGGAACCAAUUUUACAAAGACAAACGAAUGGAGCAUGUAAAUUCCAACGACAUGCACUAGAACUCAUUAAGGCUGUAUCAGGCCCAUGCCAACAUGAAGGUGAUGCUUCAGCAGAUGUGUCUAUGCAGAGUAUACAUAGGGCUGGAAUGUUGUGGCCCACAAGAAUCAACUACAAUAAGAAGCAGACUACUGCAGCUAUCCAGGCGCACAUUUACAUUAAGAUUAAACAGGCUGAGGGACAAGAUGAAUUGCAACUCAGCAGCAUCCUUCUGCCAAUAGUGUAUAGUCACUUCAGCAAAAGUGAAAUGCCUUCUGUACAAAUAGUCAGAAACAGUAUCACAAGCCACUAUAGAUGUCCAGACCCAGAUCUUUGCGUGCUCCACCAACAAUUCACAGUAGCGUUAUGCCAAGACCAUAUAAUGUACCGAUUCACCGGCUUGUGGAAGCCGGAUGACCACACAUUGAUGCUUAAACAAAAUUUUGUAUUUGUAGGAGGAAGGAGUGUAGCACAGUUCAUCAGUGAUGCAGUUGUCAAAAAUUCUAGUUCAGCAUGCACAGGGUCAUGCUCUUACUUCAUGUACAUCAGUCCUACGAGAAUCCCCUUGGAGCAUCAUGACCUCUUUCGACCUGAAAAUAUACACUAUAUGAGUGCCACCGAUGCAGAUUUUAGUAAUGCUCAAGACAGGAUAUGGGACCUCAAUGCCAACACAAGGGAGGUAUCCACAUUGAAUACUCAGAAAAGGGACUGGAAUCUCAAGUUAAGACUAGAUACUGGAAGCCCAAUGGAAGCCUAUAUAUGUGUGAUUUUGCCUUGUCAUAUUUGUAAAUUGAACAAUCUUUUCCAGCUGUUUGAUCUGAAUACCAGUCAGGUGGUGUGUGAAUUCACCCCAAAACUAUCAAACCAUUAUCGUUACAACAAGGCUGUGUUAGAUCCCUCUGAUGACUUGGUACUAACUGAUGGUGUGCUGUUUGAUGUUCGUAGUGGCAAGCAGGUCCACAAAUUUGACAAGAUCAACCCAAUUCUCAAUGGCGUCUUCCAUCGCAAUGGGCUGGAGAUCAUCAGCUCCUCUGAGAUUUGGGACUUGAGAACGUUCCACCUCUUGAGAACAGUCCCAGUCCUGAAUCUGUGUGAUGUUGUCUUUAACCACACCAGGGAUGUCAUCUUUGGCAUCACUGUUGGGGACCUCUUGGACGAGUCUCAGGAAAAUGUCUUUGAAACUUCAUUUAAGACUGUCGAUGCUGCAGAUUAUUCUAGCAUUGCAACUGUUGAUGUUCGUCGUGUUGUGACUUCUAUAGCCAUAAAUCAGAAUGACACACAGGUGGCUGUAGUUGAAACGGAGAGUGGAGCAGAUGACCUCACUGAAGAUGCUGUUGUAAGAUUGUAUGAAAUUGGUAUGACAAGACAAGAAGACGAUGAACUGCAUGAUGAAGAUGAUGAGGAAGAAGACCUUGGCAGUGAGGAAGAGGAUUCUGAUGAAAGUGAUGACGAUCAAGAACCAAAUUCCCAGGAUGGGGAUGGUGAAGCAGCCCAAGCAGAUGAGGGGGACAAUGAAGACGAGGAGGAUGUGUCAAGCAAUGCCUCAGAGCUAAGCAUCCACUCUCUCGAGGAUGCCUUUGAGGAUUCGGACUCCUCGGACACUGUAUUUUUUGAGUUGAAUGGUGACGGCAAUCCCUCAGAUCCUUCAAAUGCUUCACUUCAUGCCUGGUUGCAGGAAAAUGAUGAUGAAGAGGAAGAUGCUGAAGAUGAGGACUAUGAACCAUCUGACUAAGUUAAGAUUGCUUGGGAUUGUGAAUUAAAAAUUAAACUUUAGUCACUUAUA